UGGAACACUAUAAAUACUUAGAUUCUCGCUUGAGUACUCUAAUUAAUCUCAACAAACUCAAUCUAUCAAAUAAAUAAGAUAACAUAAAUAUAAAAACAAAUAAAAUGGGAAACUGCGUAUGUGUAAUAGACAAAACGGCGACGGAAAGAAGAAGAAGAAGAUCCACCGUGUUCCACGACGACGACGAUGACAAAGAGAAGCUCCUCGGAGAAACAAGUAAUGUGACGUCAUCAGGUUCGUGUGGAAAAAGAGAGAUCAAGAUAAAGAUGACGAAGAAGGAAUUUGAAGAUCUCAUGAGGAACAUUAGUUUGAACGGUUUGACGGCGGAAGAGAUCCUUUCUAAAUUACAUUUCAACGGUGGAGAUCAACUCGGUUUCGCCGCCGAUCUCUCGAAUCAUCACCAACGGCCUUGGAGGCCGGCGUUACAGAGUAUCCCGGAGAUCGAAUAAUGUUUUGUCCUUUUUUUUUCUCUUUUUGCUUUAUUAAUUAAUUAGAAGAAAACAAGUCUGAUGCGUGUGUGUUCCUGAAAUUGACCCCUCGAUCAGUGAAUUUAGCUAAUUCAAAUUAUGUAAAUAUUUGUUUUGUAAUUAAUCUGUCUUUAUUUUUGUUUUUUGGGCAAUAUUCAUUAUAGAUGUUCGAAUUCGAUUCUGACGCAACGUCAGUAUAAACUGGUUUAUUUUUUC